AUGAUCCACAAACAGCUCCCUGAAAUGGUGCUGCUGCUGUUGGCUUCUUGCGCUGUCUCCUCGCUAGACUCGAAACUGAUUCGCUUCCAGUCAAGAAUGGAUGGAGAAAGUCUACAGCUACUGAAAGCUUUGCCAGUCUCAUCCAGCCAGCAGUGUCUAGCACACAGGAAAAAUUUCCUGCUUCCUUGGCAGCCUGUGAAUCGUCACCAGUACCAAAAGGGACAUGCCCUGGCUGUUCUGCACGAGAUCCUCCAGCAGACCUUCAGCCUCUUCCAGACACAUGUUUCUCUGGGCAUUUGGGAGGAAAGCCAUAUAGAGAGGGUCCUAGCUGCGCUUCACCAACAGCUGACAUCCAUGGAGUCACUAGCUGGGCUAAAAGCAGAGCAGAAGAGCCGUGGCUUGAGUGUGCAGAACCUUAGGUUACGGAUUAAAGCAUACUUCAGGAGGAUCCACGAUUACUUGGAAAACCAGAGGUACAACAGCUGUGCCUGGAUCAUUGUCCAGGUAGAACUCAACCGCUGUAUGGUCUUUGUGUUCAGGCUCACAGGACGGCUGAGCAAACAAGAACUAGACCCUUGA